UGUUUGUUGCCGGAUAUCACAAAUCUUUGAAAUUCGCAGGAGAAAUGAACGGUACUGGUAUUGAUUUAAGCAACGGUCGGGAAGAUAUUGCUGUUUAUUUUAAACCAAAUCCAACAGAACAGACGUUCCCAUUGUUUCAGUACUCUCCAGUCAACAUCCAAGGACCAGGAUGCCUUGUUGACCCCAGUGAAAUUACCCUGACUGGAUGCUCCUGCCUUUCUUAUACAUGCAUUAGUGAGAGCUGUGGCUGCCUGCAGACUCAUGGACAAUCAUACUCCAGCAAUGGCACAUUAGUGAACAUUAAUGUAUCGGAUAUUGGUCACUCUACACCUGUCUUUGAGUGUAACGCCCUUUGUUCCUGCAGUGACAAUUGCUCAAAUCGAGUGGUGCAAAGAGGUUUGAGACUGAGUUUGCAGGUAUGCAUGAUGAGCAACAGGGGAUGGGGAGUGCGGACGCUUCAGCCAAUCCCAUGUGGGACGUUUGUCUGCGAGUAUGCAGGGGAAGUUAUCAGUUUUGAAGAGGCCAGACGAAGGCAAAUUGCCCAGAGGUUUGAGGAAAAUAAUUACAUUAUUGCUGUAAGGGAGCAUGCUGGCACUGACUCCGUCACAGAGACAUUUGUAGACCCGGCCAUGGUAGGAAACAUAGGUCGCUUUCUAAACCACUCCUGCUUGCCGAACUUGUUCAUGGUGCCAGUCCGUGUACACUCUUUAGUUCCCAGAUUGGCUUUGUUUGCUGCCCGGGACAUCGAUAUCCAAGAGGAGCUAACAUUUGACUAUUCAGGAGGCUACAAAAACCAAAAACCAGGACAGCUACACUUCACACAAUCUGACGCUGCAAAUCAGGCCAGUAGGACAGUCCAAAGGAAAGCUUGUCACUGUGGUGCUAACAACUGUGCUAAAUUCCUGCCUUCGGAUGUAUCUAUUUUAAAUUAGCGUAAUUUGAAUGUUUUGUCAUAUUUAUUUUGCAUUUCCUAAUAUCAAUUAAAUAUAAAGUGCUUUAAUUUGCUUUGAAAGCAUGUUUAAAUGAGCCACUCUGAACAUCGAACACAAACAUGUUCUAUCCUUAUUAUAUGGUGUUUGGCCCUUUAAUGUGGAGGGAACUCCUUGACAUGUUCUUCCUGCACACUCAAUUUCAGACAUUGGAGAAUACUUGCUCUGUACAGAAAAUAUCUCAGUGGUUACUCUCGUCAUGUCUUAUUACACAGCAUCGCAUUUCUCCCACCUCACGUGUUUGUCAGGAGCAGUACUAUCGUUUGCGCCAAGAUUUAUUUAGUAUCAACUGCGCUUUUACUCAUUUUGUCAUAACAGUGAGUCUUUUGGCUGAAAUUAAUUUGUCACUAAAAAAAGCAAAAGCUCAAACAUUAAUACUGCCAUGACUCUCAUUUAAGUCAUUUUCAACAAUCACUCUUUUCUCGGUAUUCUCAGUUUGUCAUCGUUCUUGGGCCUCAGAGAGGUGGGACAAAUUAAAAUGGGCCUCGGGGUAAUUUGGUACAGAAACAAGUUUUAUUCCCCAGUCUAAGGAAAAGAAGUGUCCUACUUUAGUGUGACUGCUUCUGAAAUCAGGCCCUCCUCUCAAUGUGGCCCAUUUUCCAUCCAGACCUGCUUUCAUCUUAUUAAUAUCAACAUCUGGGUUAAUUAGAAUAGAGGCUGUCUUUCAUGCCCAAAUGGGAGUGCUGCUGUAGCCACACUGGGCAUGGGAGAGAUGAGAGUGUAGGAGUGGACAGGCAUGAAGGCUGCUGUCAAGUUGCUUUUUUGUGAAAGGUGUGUCAAAUUUUUCUGUGAACAGUAAUGAAAAAUAGCCCCCCUAGUCUGAUUCAAUUUGUGUGUGGAUAGCAGAUUAACUCUUUUAAACACUCACUUAUGAUGGGCAAUUUGAAUCGAAUGAUCUUUUUUGCAUGGGUUAUGUACAGCUAGCACGAAUGGGAUUUUGUUUAACAACACUAUGGUUGUUCAUAAUGUAUAGAAAUUACUGGGGCAAAUAGUAAUUGUUGGCUGACAAAACUGUGUUGUGUAACAGUAUUGUGUAUUCAACCAUAUU